GCGAAACCGGCGUGCGCUAGGACCGCGCCGCGCCGCCCUUAGCCGUUAUAUAUAAGGCCGCGCUCCGGCCCCACGCGGAACCCGUGGCUCCAAGCCUUCCCCGGCGUUCCGACCCGAAGCCGGACCCGAGGCCAGCCCCGAGGCCAGUCCGGCCGCAGCGCAGCCGAGGCCAGCGCGGGGCCUGCGAGGGACGGGCGCCCGGGGCCCCCGCCGCGGGCACCAUGGGCGCUGCCCACUCCGCGUCCGAGGAGGUGCGGGAGCUCGAGGGCAAGACCGGCUUCUCAUCGGAUCAGAUCGAGCAGCUCCAUCGGAGAUUCAAGCAGCUGAGUGGAGAUCAGCCUACCAUUCGCAAGGAGAACUUCAACAAUGUCCCGGACCUGGAGCUCAACCCCAUCCGAUCCAAAAUUGUUCGUGCCUUCUUCGACAACAGGAACCUGCGCAAGGGACCCAGUGGCCUGGCUGAUGAGAUCAAUUUUGAGGACUUUCUGACCAUCAUGUCCUACUUCCGGCCCAUCGACACGACCAUGGGCGAGGAGCAGGUGGAGCUGUCCCGGAAGGAGAAGCUGAGAUGUGCGUGCCUCCAAGUCCCCUUACUCACACGUGGCCAGGUUCUGUUCCACAUGUACGACUCGGACAGCGACGGGCGCAUCACCUUGGAAGAGUAUCGAAAUGUGGUCGAGGAGCUGCUGUCGGGAAACCCCCACAUCGAGAAGGAGUCUGCUCGCUCCAUCGCUGACGGGGCCAUGAUGGAGGCGGCCAGCGUGUGCGUGGGGCAGAUGGAGCCUGAUCAGGUAUAUGAGGGGAUCACCUUCGAGGACUUCCUGAAGAUCUGGCAGGGGAUCGACAUUGAGACCAAGAUGCACGUCCGCUUCCUUAACAUGGAGACCAUGGCCCUCUGCCACUGAGCCGCCGCUGCCUCCACGGAGGAACUGCACUUUGCACUGGGGCCACCUCCCCACGAUGCUGGAGCAGCCCAGGCCAGGCCAACGGCCUCUCCCUACAGCCCUGGUGCAUAGCUAAGGCUCGUCCGCUCACCAUGUGUCUUGUAGGGUAUGGUAUGUGGGACUUUGCUGUUUUUAUCUCUAAUAAAAAAAAAAAAAAAAGGUUUGUUAAUGAA